AUGAUGCGAGAAAUUGAGAGAUUGAAAACAUUUGAAACUGAUGAAUGGAAAAAUCAAAAGAAGACCGUUGACAUAAAACGUUUGGCAAUUGUUGGACUUUAUUAUAGUGGUGAGCGCGAUAUAGUUCAUUAUGCGUUUUGUAAAAUUAAAUUAUAUGAUUGGAAAACAAACGAUGACCCAGUUUCAGACCAUUAUUAUUAUUCACCACGUUGUCCAUUAUUUGGGCAUGGUGGUGAUUCUAGGAAUGUGCCAAUUGGAAACAGUAGUUCACUUACUUACAUUUUGUCCAGUGUUACAAUAAAUGAUCGCAAUAAUUGUGAUGGCUAUGAUGAAGUUGAUAGAUUAAUUGAAUAA